GCGAGUCGGGCGCCAAGCGCGGGGCCGGAGCGGCCUUCCCGGAGUCCUUUGCGCGGCACCUGGCGACAAAAUGGCUGCCCGAGGGAGACGGGCGGAGCCUCCAGGUCGGGAGGCGCCGGGCCCCGCGGGCGGCGGGGGCAGCGGGAGCCGAUGGGUUGAGUCGGGGCCGGGGACGUCGUCCGAGAGCGGGGACGAGGAGGUGUCGGGCGCUGGUUCGAGCCCGGUGUCGGGCGGCGUGAACUUGUUCGCCAACGAUGGCAGCUUCCUGGAGCUGUUCAAGCGGAAGAUGGAGGAGGAGCAGCGGCAGCGGCAGGAGGAGCCGCCCCCGGGCCCGCCGCGACCCGACCAGCCGGCCGCCGCCGCCGCGGGCCCAGGGGAUCCGAAGAGGAAGGGCGGCCCAGGCCCCACACUCAGCUUCGUGGGCAAACGCAGAGGCGGGAACAAACUAGCCCUCAAGACGGGAAUAGUAGCCAAGAAGCAGAAGACGGAGGAUGAGGUAUUAACAAGUAAAGGUGACGCGUGGGCCAAGUACAUGGCGGAAGUGAAAAAGUACAAAGCCCACCAGUGUGGCGAUGAUGAUAAAACUCGGCCCCUGGUGAAAUGACCCCUUCUCCCGUCUGCCCACGGCCUGGGACUGUGCGUUGUACAUAACUAUUUAAUGCAGCGGCAGCAGCGGCGGCCUCCCCCGGGGGACUUAACACAAGGAAACUGAGACACCUCCCGCAGCCGCGGCCGAUUCUCCAGGACUUUUUUUUUUACCUUGAGCACUUGACUCCUGAGACUUCAUAGAACAGUGGUUUACUGUCUCCUCUCCCCCACUCCUUGCUGUCCCUGGGUCUUCUUCUGUCUCCUCCUCCUCCUCUUCCUCCUCCUCCUCGCCCCUCUCACCCUCCCCUUAGCCAUCACUUCUGGGAAGUAAAGAACGUGAUGUAGUGCUGGA